CCCCCCCCCCCCCCCCCUAUCAGAUAAGAUAACGAAAUCUUUAACCACCACUCCCUAACUACGACCCUUUCCCUCCAUUUUCUGCCCAAUCACCAUCACCGGAAACCGAUCACCAUGCCUCCCGGAAUGCAAGAAAAAGACCUCAUCACCGUCACUAGGAGGGUUGCAGCCGUCAGUAACCACCUGAUUCCUCCUCCUCAACCUCAUUCGUUAUCCCCGAUCAUAAGUUCGUCUAGUUGCAGUGCCUCUUUAAACGAUAGCUAUCACCGGGUUCACGGUGAAGUUCCGACUCAUAUACCCGUUUGGAAAGCUGCGUGUGAUGAUUCUGGGAAGGAGUUUACUGAUAUUAUAUACGAGAAAGCCCAAGGAGAAGCCAUUGCUAAGAUAACAAUAAACAGGCCAGAGAGAAGAAAUGCAUUCCGACCGCAUACAAUUAAGGAACUAAUUCGCGCUUUCAAUGAUGCUAGAGAUGAUAGUACAAUAGGCGUCAUUAUUCUCACUGGAAAGGGAACCAAAGCUUUCUGUAGCGGUGGUGAUCAGGCACUUAGAAGUGGAGAUGGUUAUGCUGAUUUUGAGAAUUUUGGCCGGCUAAAUGUUCUUGAUUUACAAGUGCAGAUUCGACGACUGCCAAAGCCAGUAAUAGCAAUGGUUGCAGGCUAUGCUGUUGGUGGAGGGCAUGUGUUGCAUAUGGUCUGUGAUCUUACAAUAGCUGCAGAUAAUGCUAUUUUUGGUCAAACGGGUCCAAAGGUGGGAAGCUUUGAUGCUGGUUAUGGGAGUUCCAUUAUGUCAAGAUUGGUGGGACCUAAAAAGGCUCGUGAGAUGUGGUUUUUGGCACGGUUCUACACUGCUCAAGAAGCGGAAAAAAUGGGGCUGAUUAACACAGUAGUCCCUCUAGAAAAGCUAGAACAGGAAACAGUUAAAUGGUGCAGGGAGAUCAUAAGAAACAGCCCAACUGCCAUUCGCGUGCUAAAAGCAGCCAUAAAUGCGGUCGAUGAUGGCCAUGCUGGACACCAGGAACUAGGUGGAAAUGCGACUCUCAUUUUCUAUGGAACGGAAGAAGGCAACGAGGGAAAGACAGCUUACAUGGAACGCAGGCCUCCAAACUUUUCCAAGUUUCCCCGACGACCAUAAUUUAUCAAAUUUUUUUGAAUAAUAUUAUAAGCUUUUGUGGCUUCAUUUUUGUAUCCUUCUCUGUACCCGGAAUAAGAGCUAAUGAAAUUUAUUUGGUAUUCGGUUAAA